AAGAUAUGUCCUGCUCAUUAAGAAGCUUAGAAUUGAGGCGGAGCACCUCCAAGAAGAAAAACUUUCGGAGCAAAGAAAGGCUCUCGUAGCCCAAGCGGAAGAAGCUUUGAAAGAACAGCAAGCRAGAUCGGAGGCUUUUCUAGAAAAUUCGAUGCAAAUUGAGGCAAAGGCUCACGCCGAAGACAAGGCUGCAUUUGAGCAAAAAACGGAWGAGGCGAUGAGCGCCAAGUACGARGAAUUGUACGGAAAGGAACUGGCAAAGAUCAAGGACGACUUUGCUACAAAAAUGAAUCAACGAGUCCAACAAAUGGAACGGCUGACCAAGAAGCUAUCGGAUCUGGAAACCUCGCUGAAAGACUCCCAAGACUUCCAGGUGGGUUCGCUUGAAGCCCACCGCAUCACAGCCGCGGCCAUUGCCCUAAUGGAAAAGCUCGAAUCUGGAGAACCAGCGGGUGCGGCAGUCAACGCAUUGGAAGCAGUCGCMUCGGAAAAUGCUGUUGUCAGCGCGGCCGUCAAAUCUCUCCCCAAUUCUGUGACCCGGUCAGGCAUUAUGACGGUCCAGGAACUCCAGGCGGGAUUCGAAGAAAACAUAUACCCACAGUGCCGCCGUGCUGCUAACAUCCCCGAAGGGCAGGAUGGCUUGGAAGGGCAACUUUUGGGAUCAAUUUUUGCCACGCUACGGCCUGCACCAGGCCCUGAAGAUGUGGCGCCAGAAUCUGAAAAGAAUUCCUCUGAAUACGUCUUGGCGAGAAUUCGGCGCUAUGUACGUUUGGGCGACCUGGAAAAGGCCAUUGGCGAAACGAAGAAGCUGAGCGGCCAAGUGGCUUACACGGCAAAAGAUUGGAAUAGCCACGCGAGGGAUCGGGUGGCCGUAGAAAAGGCCCUGAAGGUYAUCCGAAUGGAAUGCGCCCUUGCCAAUGACAAUCUUAGCAAGGCUGCGGCAUAAAGACCCUCGUCAUUAAUUUUUUCUAUCGAUUGUGUAUUGCAGGWCACGAUAGAUCACAAUGCAAGGYACUCUUGUUGCCUUCUAGCUUAAGCAUAAGUAGUUGAUGCGCUUCAAUAUACCCUUUCUACUAUC